AUGGUGACUAAAUCAAUUGUCCCUUUAUUAGACCGUGUCUUAGUUCAACGUGUUAAAGCUGAAGCUAAAACUGCUUCAGGUAUUUUAUUACCAGAAAAAAAUGUUGAAAAAUUAAACCAAGCUAAAGUUUUAGCUGUCGGUCCAGGUUUCACCGAUCCAAAUGGUCAAAAAGUUGUUCCAAGUGUUGCUGAAGGUGAUUUUGUUUUAAUUCCUCCAUUUGGUGGUUCUCCAAUUAAAGUUGGUGAAGAUGAAUUUAUCUUAUUCAGAGAUUCAGAAAUCUUAGCUAAAAUUAGAGAAGAAGCUAAUUAA